AUGACGACUGCCACCCGUUUUACGACAUCGUACAACGCGUAUGGUCAAUAUCCACGGAACCAUCUGUCUGCCGCUGCCUACGGCACAGCGGCGCUUGAUCGUCACCGGAAGAGGCUGUGGGAGUGCAAGGAUCAACUCUUCACUGCCAAAGGUCUCCAGAAGGGAUACUAUCUUCCGUUCCGAGAUAUAUCCGCAUCUGGUUCAGUGAAGAAAAGCAAAAUUCACAGCGACGAACAACUCCGAGAUUUUCUCUGCAGCGGUUCAUCAAACGCUACAGCCAACGACAAUACGUCGGUAGUCCGAUCAAACUUCAAGGGAGACGAGACUUGUCGAUUUGUCUUCCUGUGCGCUGAGAGCGCAAUAGGACCAUUGGAGAUAAGUGCAAUGAUGCUUUUCCAGCUCUUGAGCUUCUAUCAGGUCAUGCUGCACUUUUUGGACUUUCUCUAUGUCUAUGCAUCUCUCCAUGGCGACGACAAAGAACUCCAUUUCAGCGGAUUUAGAACGCAGAAAACUCUCAUAAACCCGUUACCGGCAACAAUUCUGCCUGAGCUUGGCCGAAGUGGCAGACAAUAUCAGCUAUGUUACAAUCUCAAGACCGCCGUAGACAAAGGUAGUGAUGGUUGGAAAACCCGGCAAGCAGCCAUUCAUCAUCAAUUUGAUAUUGGUCAGAACACACAGCUAUGGAUCAUCGGAGACCCUCGUUCAUCUAUCAAGAAAAUCAUCGGCGAGCUCUAUCCUGAGAAUCAUGUUUAUCCAACCAGCUUCAGUACGUUUCAGCAAAGUUUCAAGUCAUCCAUGGACGUACACUUAGCUCUUGCAUCUUGGGCAACGUCAGAAUGGAGAUGGAACAUUCGGUUUCUUGAAGAGAGGGCCGAAAUUUUGACCCUCAAAGCUACACUUGUUAAAGAAAAGGCACACAUCGAAACUUUGGAUCCCGGUUCUCUCAGCUCGGUUCAGAGAUGGGAAGAAAAGACAACUGACACCGUCAUGUCUAUGGAAUCGAAUGUUAAUAUUCUGAAGCUUCUUCAGAGAUUCUACAAAGAUCUAUUAAAGGACAGCGAUUUUCCUCCGAGAGAGCGGCGUGCAUGCCAACAGGGAGUAAAGAACUUCUGUUUUCAGCUAGAAGAGCUCAUCUGUGACAUGCAAAUGCAAAUCGCUAGAGCACGAGUAUUGAUGAAAGUUCUCGCUGAGCGGAAGACGAUGCUCAUUCAGAAUCUGCAGGCCCAAAGUGCCAUUAUUUCGUCAAGACUUGCAGCUAGUAUGUAUGACCAAGCCGAUCGCAGUGCGAUAGAAGCCAUUGCCGUCCGAAUAGUCACCAUUGUGACUGUGGUUUAUCUGCCCGCAACCUUCUCAAGUACCUUCUUCAGUACAGAUGUUAUCAAAUAUCAGAACGGCGAAAUUUUCUCGAAAGUGGCCCUUGAUCGCUUUCUAGAAGUGACUCUUCCAUUGAUGCUUCUUACUUUCGUUCCUGCAGGGAUCUGGUUCUGGAUCGAGAGGCGAAAGAGAAGGAAGACAUCUCGCCGUGCCAAGGAAGCGUUGGUCGACUUGUUUUCUGAAGAGACGGAUCUCGACAACAAAUGA